AUGUUAGUAUGCUACAUUUUGUUAGAGGUUUAUCAUUUUGAUAAAAACAAACAUAGAGGUGGUGAACGUGAGAGAGACAAACACAGAGGUGGUGAACGUGGUCGGGAGUUACGUAGUACGGAAAACGUUGACCCUCUGUUCGAAAUACGCAAUAAUUUUUUACUUGGGGCAUAUCAGGCGUGCAUAAACGAAGCACAAAGCUUACAAGUGAAAGAUGAGAAUCAUAAACUGCUAAAAGAUGUCUACAUGUAUCGAGCUUAUAUUGGGCAAAAUAAACUUCAGCUAGUAUUAAGUGAGAUUGAUAAAACUUCUCAAUCACCUCCGCUCAGAGCGAUUCGUCAUUAUGCUAACUAUUUAGCGAAUCCAUCUAGAAGAUCAUCAAUAUUAAAGGAGUUUGAGACCGAGCUUGAUGAAGAACGAUAUCAUGAUGAUAUAGUUUCUCUGAUGGCAGCUGAAAUGUAUAUCCAUGAGAAUAAUAUUGAAAAAGCAUUGCGACUGUUGCAUCCCUGUGAAUCUUUGGAAACUCGUUCUUUAGUUGUUGUAUGUUUGUUGAAAAUAGAUCGUGUUGACUUGGCAGCAAAAGAAGUGAAAAAAAUGCAGGCAAAGGAUGAAGAUGCGACUAUAACGCAACUUGCUCUUUCUUGGGUCAAUAUGGCACUGGGAAAAGAUAAAUUGAAGGAUGUGUAUUAUACAUAUCAAGAGAUGAUCGACAAAUACGGUUCAACCCCAUUGCUUUUAGUCGCUCAGUCGUCGUGUUUAAUUCUGCAGCACAAAUUUGAAGAAGCGGAAAAAUUACUUUUAGGAGCGCUGCAGAGAGAUGCCAAUUAUCCAGAAGCUAUUGUAAAUCUAAUUGUUGUCAGUCAACAUCUAGGAAGAGCCCUUGAAGUUACUAAUCGCUACAUCAACCAGUUAAAAGAAGGCUCUCCAGAUUACAAGUGGAUUGUAGAUUAUAUUGCUCAGGAAAACACAUUUGAUCGAGUUGCAUCGGAACAGCAUCUUGAAGCUUAG